UCCGAGCCUAUUAUUACGCUGUACAAUUGAAUCAAUGUACGGCUGGUAUUCAGAGUGCUGAUCCAUGAUCACACACCAUAAAGCCUCGUGUUAACGCGCAGCCUCUUUCUGUAUUUACAUUGUGGCUGCUUGUGCGCCUCGACGUUGCUCUGCGAUUGGAGCCCCGGUUAACAGGUCUGCGACCGAGGAUCGCCGAAGUCCUUUUACACGGUUGCCUCGGCAUUUUCUCUGGAGGAUCCUGAAUCACUUUUAUGAGAGAACAUUAAGAUAAACCUAUCUUUGCUAGGAUUUAUUCACGGGUCUGUUUCGUGAUGCAACAGCGCGCCGUGUGAGCGCUCAACCUGUUCCACAAGAACAGUCUCUUAGAGGCUGCUCGCCUGUCAGCAGGUGGUGUGGCAUGUGGACAGGGGUGGUCACCUGCCUCUCCCCGUGAGUGUCAAUACACAGUUAGUUAAGGUGCUCGCUCCGGACGUUUGAGGUGAGGGAAGUGACAGUCAGUGAGUCACAAUGCUCGGCCAGUCUCCUCACCUUAUCGGAGGCAUCCUGUGGAUCCAGAAUCCAAUGAGAGCUGUUCACUGCAACCUGAGCCAGAAUGGCAUCGACCACCAGAUGUGCCAGGAGAAUAUGACGUCACAGCUGGAGGAGGAGGAAGAGUCUGUGGACGUGGGGUCUGUCCUGCUGGAUGACGACAGCCCAAGCUAUCAGGAUGUCAGCCCUCCUAGGUACCAGCGGCGCUCCCCGCCACACCGAUCUGUCUCCGAGUCUGAGCUGACCCGGACAGGAUAUGUGAAGCUGUCUAAGCCAGUGGCCCUGUGGACCCAACAGGACGUGUGCAAAUGGCUGAAGAAACACUGUCCCAAUCAGCACCAGAUCUACAGCGAUUCAUUCAAACAGCACGACAUCACAGGGCGGGCUCUGAUGAGAUUGACGGACAGAAAGCUGGAAAGAAUGGGCAUCAUGCAGGAAGCGCAGAGGCAGCACAUCCUGCAGCAGGUCCUGCAGCUUCGUGUCCGGGAGGAAGUCCGGACUCUUCAGCUUCUCACACAAGCCUCUCUGGAGUGCACUCCAUCUUCACCGUAGAUUGAUGGAGAAGGGCUUCCCAACCGCAAAAGGACGCUGACACGCAUCGCCUUGUCGACACCCACCUACACUUCUUCCUGGACCUAUCACAGCUCUCCAUCUCUUCAGUGUCCAACCUCUAUUUCUCCAAAGACCAAUCUGGAUAGAAACCAUGCCUUCGUCCCAGCCACUCCUGUGAACUCUCACAAGUUCUGACUCGCUGUUUCCUCGCAGUUCAAACAAUUGCUCGCAGCUUCUCGGAGCCUGACCAAUAUUUUCCAUUGCAGGUGCCCCAUCCCCAGUCAUUCCUGACCUUUGCAGCCAAACCUUCACCAGACCUCUCACGCAUUGACUUCUCUCAUAGCUCUCUUCACUCCUUCUCCCAAAACUCUAGCCUAACAAGGUUUCCAAAAAGUAUUUGAGCACAGACAUAAUUUCUGCUUUGUCUGUGCUUUUAAGGCUCUUUAAAGGCCACCGCCGCCCAUCUAUCCCUACAGUAAAAAGUGACAUCUACAGUAUAACCCACUUUCCAAUCACUCAAACACAAGUCCUGAACUGUUUGUGGCAUGUUAGCUCCUUCAUCGUAGCACUUUAAUGUGUGUUUUCUCCCGUGCGUACUCUUGUGCUGUAUUACCAAUCCUGGUUCUACCCCGCUGAGGACUCUCAGAAAAGCAGCAAAAAAGACUGUCCAUAGGACUGCUAUUAUACUACUCUAUACUUCCCUUUUUACCUUUCUUCCUCCAUAUUUCCAGAUUGUACUUCCUCAAACAUAAGAGGGGAACACCAAAACACACACAACCAUGUAUGUGCUUUAGUGUCCUUCCUCUUUCUCAUUCUAUGCAUAGAUCCUGUGAACAGUGUUUGACAACACCCGGUGAAGUGUCCAUUGUGUCUCCCUCUGCCCUCUAUAUUGUAUAUAUCUACGGGUAGACAGUAAGCCUGAGAGAAUUUCACUGUGAAAACAAACAACAUUUAGUAGGAGAAUAAAGACUGAACCUGGCAUCACAUUAGGUACGCUUAAGUUGGCUCCCUGAAACGAGUGACACUGUUGCGAAAAGCAAUCCAAUGGAGAUGAAGCAGAGCCUGAAACGGAGAUGAACUGCAAGGAGGAAAGUCCCUCGGUGUCACUGAAAGCGUGGUGCUAGUAGGUAAACUAAUUUGGCAACCCAAAGGGGGGUUGGCUGAAAGAAAAAAAGAAGAAUAAGGCAAAGCAAAAGGGCUCCUUGAACAAAGAGGGGCUUUGACUUGAAAUUCUUUACUCUAAUGAGGAGAGAGAAAAAAAGAAGAAAAUACAUCAGAGAUAACAAAAGAGGAGCCUUUUUCAUUUCCUCCCCUCUGUUUCACCAACUCUUUAUUGCUUUGUCUGCUUUCCAUCUCACUGCUUGAAACUAUUUUUAGAUGAGAUAUAUUGAAAAUAGUGUAGUAAGAAGACGUGCUGUGUGCAAAAGCUCAACAUGGAAAUGUUUUCUCUCAGUCAUAUUGGGAACAUACACCGCAUCCUAUUUAUGUCAGAUGGGAAACUCAAAUCUCUGCUGUCAAUGUGAAUAAUGGCCAUUCACUGUUGAUAUUAUAGACGUUUUAACAGCACUUAAAAGCACAUUUGUCUGUAAUGAAACAAAACAGCUGUAACUUGGAGCACUUCAUUAUGUCUGUGAGUGUAAAGACAUUAUAAAAAUCUGUAGCCAAUAUAAUGACCUCUCAGUGUUAGCCGCUGAUUUCAGUGUAUCAGAGUGAUAUUUAUCAAAAGCUCGUAUCCACGCUGGUGUAGCAGGAGCUGUUGUCACGGCAACAUCUUUUUCUUUCCUGGACGGGAUCUGUCAAUCAAAGGCACAUUAAAAAAAAUAGCAGCUGCAGUUGGAGGAGAAUACGGGGUGGGAAAAAAACAAAAACAGGGGCGACCCCUGAGAGCCAUCACAUUUUAGUGGAAUUCCAUUUGCACACCGGUCCUUCUGUGUCCACCCAUGCAUGGUUUGUAUAGCAGCCGCGGCUUAAUGCAGCACAGACUUGCAAGCAGAUUGAAUAGUAUUGAUCACCUCUUCGGGACAUACAGUUGGUCCUCCAGGAUUACAAAAACCACGGGGGGGGGGAUGCUGACAGUCAAGAGGAAUGGAGUUGUUCAGGCUAAAACACAAGUGGUUAUUUCACGGUUGGGUGGUGGUGCUGUGUCCAUGGCUGUCAAGGCUACAGCAGGGAAGAGGAGGAGGGCUGAAGCUUCCUUUAAGUUUGAUUUCUUUACUACUUGAUUUCCUUUUCUUUGGAAAAUGUCCAUAAACAAACUUGAAGGAAUGGUUUGAAUUGGUAAAGAGUUGCUGAAUAGAGGUGUGCGUUAAAAAGUCCAGAUCUGCCACCAUGUGUCAAAGAAUCAGUGAAGGGUGAUAUAUUCAUGGAGGUGUUAUUCAUUGAAACAGAUCACCAAUUUUGGGAUUAGAAGACCUAAAGAAAACAAGCUGUACAACAUGUAAGGUCUUGUUGUGUCAGUGGAAAGCUAGAAACAUGUGGCUAAUUUGUAGCACUGGCUCUGGGCUAGCAUGUUAGCUUAGAGAAGUAUUGGGUGUUCAUGAUACUAUAAUCAUUAGUCAUUUGUGAGCAGCAUCAAACGGGCAUCACCAAACCUGUUACUAGGCAUCUCUGAUAUCUUUGUCAUAGCACAUAUUGAUGUACAAAUCUAGCUCUAGCUCAGCAUAGCAAAAAAACUAAAAAAGCGGUACCAGUCAAUUAAACAUCUAACUGGUGUCAAUCUAAGAGGUUACAUUUUAAGUUAAGGAGUUUUCUUGUAAUAAGAUUAAGACUAGAUGACAGCAUAAGAUCAGAAUAAAGUCUUGAAAUUGUAAAAAACAUAUCUUAUUGUGUUUAAAAAGUUAAACUAUUGUAUCAGUUUAACUCUCAUGUCUACCUGUAGAAGGUUUCAUGCAGCAAUCUGUUAGCUUAGCUUGGCAUACAACAGAAUCUAUAUACCAGCACUUCAAAAACUUUGAAAUCUGUAGAAAAGAGAAAGAAGGUGGGUCUUGUUAUGUUCACACAGACCAAAGCUAGCUGUACCAGUUUCCAACCAGUUUGCUAAUCUUUAUUGGACAUAGGAGUCAUACUGGGAGAAGCACGGUGGUGUGGUGGUUAGCACUAUCACAUCACAGCAAGAGGGUCCUGGGUUUGAAACCACUGAGUGGAGUUUUUCAUGGGGAGCACUCAUGUCCUAGUACUCCAGCUUCCUCCCACAGUCCAAAGACAUGUACAUUUGGGUAAUUCCAAACUGGUUGUAGGUGGGAAUGUGAGUGUGAAUGGUUAGCUGUCUCUCUGUGUUAUCCCUGCGAUAGACUGGUGACCCAUCCAGGGUGUACCCUGCUUCUUGUGCCACGACAGCUGGGAUAGGCUCCAGCUCCCCCCGCAGCCCUGAAUUGAAAAAGGAGAAGGAAAUGGCAAGAACUCUUGGCAAGAAAGGAAAAGCAUGUUUGGAUAUGGUCAAAAGCACACAAGAACCUGACAAGGCAAAUGUCCAGGCAUUCUUAAAAUUUAGUAGGAAACGAAAUCAACCCUGACUUCUCUGAUCUUCCAGUAUAUGAAACAGUUGCAUAGAAUUUCAUCAUUUUCGAUGGUAGUCCAGUAAAGAAAGCACUCUGCUUUCUAACUCGCUUUCAGCUCAGCACUUCAGUGUGGCUGUAAAGGAUUAUUCAGAGCAUUCAUAUCAAAAUAUAUUUCCUUCCAAAGUGUCUUUGAAAUGAAUUUUCCCAAAUUAAAAAAAAAAUGGGGUCAAUUUGCUUGCAGGCAUUCCACUGCAUAACAAAUGUAGCACUGUGUCUUAGUGAUCCAUAUGCCAGACUGCAGCACUAUGAUAACCCAGGGUGUAGGGAGUAAAAUAUUGAUUUUGUAUUGAUAUUCUCCAGAGGGUGUGUUCCCUACUUGCAGGGAGGGAAGCAAUGGAAUAGAUUCAACUCCAGAGGCAUGAAGGGAAAGUUUCCACAGUUUUUGCUGGCUCUAAUAUUCCAGGUAUAACCAGCUUGAGUUGUGGCACCUGUACCAAGGUGUCUAGGAACUUGCCUGAACUGGCCUUACAGACUUCUAGUGCCCCUAAGAGUUUUGGCACACACUCACAGACACUGAUACACAGUGCACUUUUACACAAGAGAUCCCCAGUGCAAACCUCACACACAGUUAUUGCACAAGCACUUUCACACAUGCCGACACACGUGUAAAAUCCAUUCAAGGACACAGACUUUGCGUGUAAACAAAUGCACAAGCACAUACACAGAGUGACAAUGCAAGCAGCGCACACAUCAGUUAACAGGAAGCGUAGUCACAGCCGCUGACAUCUUUCACAUUAGUCAUGCGUAAAUACAUGUAAACAAAUGACACCUCAAACAGAAUUUAAACAGAGGACAAAUCUCAGAUUUGUUUUCUGCCCAGCUGAUAGCAUGUUUCAAUUCUGCUCCGAGUGCUUUUGUAACAGGCAUAUGAGCGAAGUCUCUUCCCCAAAUCUAUCUACAUAUAAGGUGCCUAAUGAUGGAUGAUAAUGGAAUUGAUAUCGUAAUAAGUGUACAUAAUAA